AUGCGCCAGAGAAAAUCCCAUCGCAAGUCCCGCGGGGGCUGUCUCACCUGCAAAAAACGCCGCGUCAAAUGCGACGAGCAGCAGCCGGCCUGCCAGCGCUGUGUGCGCGCCGGCUGGUCGUGCUCGUGGGACCCUGAAACCGAAGCUAUCCCCAGCGCUGUCCCAUCGCGCAUCUUCCACACCCAGCGCGAGACUCGCUUCUUCGACUUCUUCCGCGUGAACACCAUCGUCGACCUGUCCGGCUGGGCCUCGUCGUACUUCUGGCAGCGUCUCGUCCUGCAGAUGGCCCACUCCGAGCUGGCCCCUCGCCGCGCUGUCAUUGCCCUGGGUGCGCUGCACUCGGACGGCGUCAACUCGCCGCAUGUUUUGCGGUAUUAUGGGGAAGCCCUCGCCACCCUGCGCCAGCUGCUCACCCAGUCCGAUUCGCCCACGGGGAUGGUCUCCAUCGACGUCUGCCUGGCAACCUGCCUGCUGCUGUCGAUAUUCGAAGUCGCCCGCAAGGACUACGACGCAGCGCAGAUCCACUACACGCGUGGUGUGCAGCUGCUCAAGCAGCACAGCCAGACGCAGACACAACCCCAACCUCACCACCACCACCACCACCACCACCACCAACUCGCCUUCUACGAACGCACGCUCCUCGCGCAGUUCUCGCACUUGGAAACCCUCAUCAUCUCCUUCCUCAACAGCCGCCCAGGCUACCACCAAGACGCCAUCUUCGUCGAAUACAACAUCACCCAGCUCGCCAUCCCAUCCCGCUUCCCCUCCAUCGCCGAAGCCCACGAGUCUUUCAUCCGCCUGCUGCACAGCAUCCAGAACCGCGCAACCCGCGCGGCAAACACCCUCGCCUUUGCAAAACCAGACUCCGUCCCCGACGACGACGGCAUCUUCCCCCACCGCGAGACCCACUCCGCCUCCAUUCGGCAAGCUGCCGCCCUCCGCGCCGUGAACCACGAGUCCCUCCUCGGUCUUGCCCGCUGGAGCGCAGCAUUCUACGCGUGCAUCGCGUCCAUCGGGAAGCCCUCCCUCGCUGACCGUCGCGUCAUCGCCUUGCUCAAGGGUCUCUCGACGAUGCUGUAUAUCCGGUGCUCGAAGGAUCCGGCAUUAGGCGAGAUGGGGCCUGAUGCGUUUCUGCCAGAGUAUGAGUUCACAAUGUCCCAGUUUGAGAUGGCUGUUGAUCUUGCGUGGGAGGAGCGUGCAUCUUCUUCAUCCCCCUCCUCCUCCUCUUCUUCUUCUUCUUCUUCAUCACCAAAUACAUCAGACAGUGAUGCAAAAACGAAAACGAAACAAUCCCCGCCUUCAAAACCAAAACCACAACCAGCAGUAAAGCCCCUCUUCUCCCUCUGCACCGGGAUAAUAAACCCCCUCUACGCCCUCCUCGCCGCCUGCCGCGACGCACGAAUCCGGCGGCGCGGACUAGCCCUAUUCGAGCGCAUGCCCUACCAAGAAGGUCUCUGGACAGGCGCAAAGGCGCGGCGGGUAGUCGGGACGAUAGGGCAGUUUGAAGAGCGGAACCGCAUUCCUGGCGUUGAGGGGCCGGAGGGGAUCAGGAAGGAGGAUCGUGUUGUCGGUGUCAAUUUCCAUUAUUAUCCUGAUCGGUUUAAGGUUAUUGCUGAUUGGGAGGGGGGAAAGAGGGAGGUUGGGUGGGUUAUGUUAGAGUUGUAA